AUGGCCCUGCAACCGUGCCGGACAAGUCUGCUGCGCAGCCGGCAAGCCGCGCGCGUGCUUUUCCCUUGCGCGCGCACGUACACCACGACAACCGCCACCGAGACGCCCGAAUCGUUCAAAAUUUCCGAGUCCCAGGAGUCGGCGCCGCGAUGGAGCCGCACGCCCGCGGGCAUGAAGGCGGCCCUGCCGAUGGACUUUGCCAAGAACCCGCGGAACAAGGUGUGGGCGGUCAACAACGACCCGGCGCGCCUGGACCAGAUGUACGAGCGGCUGCUCGGCCAGGGGGGCAGCAAGAUGCUCCCGGACGAGCUCAAGUGGCUGGCGGUCACGCACAAGAGCUUCGACCAGGGGCGCAGAGGCUUCAACGACCGAUUGGCACUAGUUGGUCGUAUGGCGCUCGACCUGGAGGCUGUCAAGGAUAUUGUGAGCCGGCCGGCGGACCCCAAGGCGCGGCAGACGGACGAGUUCGAUAGGGAAGCGUUUGAGCACCCGAAGCUCACGCCGGUGGAUAACUUGAAUGUGCACGACGCGCGCGACACGGUCGGCAAGGAGCAGCUGGCCGCGCUGGCCAGAUCGGUCGGCCUGGACUCCGCCGUGCGGUGGAAGCCCCGUCAGGUCGACAACCUCGAAUCGAGUGGCGUGGAAGUUGUACUCACCGGUGCCGUCAUGGCCAUUGUCGGCGCCGUCACGCUACAGCACGGAGGCGCCGUUGCGACUCAGAUCAUCCGCGAGCGCAUUCUGGCUAGAAUCCCGAAAAACUAA